GUGGUGUUAGACAAUAGAGGUGUUGGACAUUUAGCGGUGUUGGACAUUUAGCAGUGUUGGACAUCAGCACUGCUAGACAUUAAGCGACAGCCUUUCUAACAUCCUUCUGCCUUCAGCAAAUCGUUUAUUCGCGAAUCUUUUCAACUGUUGUAAUAUCAACCUCAAAUGAGGUCUUAGAGGUUUGAAAUGGAGCUUGACACUAACCGCCCAACGGAUGCAGAGGCGUGGACUUAUCUAGUCAAACAUGGCGACCACAUCACACAACCGCUAGCACGAAAUGUCCGACUUGCCAUCAUUGAAGUUUUGAAAAAAAGGUGGGAAGCACAAUGUCUUUCCAAAAUCAACCUCCGUAAUUUUGCCUUGAUAUGGUUGGAUCCUGGUUAUAAGAUUUUGGCAACAAAGCUUGCGAUAGGACCAGCGGCUGAGGUUUUCGAUAUCGACACAAUCUAUGAGUUGAAGAAAUGUAGGCUAGAAGGUUACUGGGAUGUUCAUUUGGAAAAUGGUAUACAUUGGCUACAGAUGGUGUUCAAGGAGUCGUCACUCAUUUCUCACGAGGACUUCAACGAGAUACUCACGUGCGACUACUUGUAUGAUUACGAAACCGGUCUUAACAGACUGUUUUGGAAUGGGGGCGAAGUUCACAAAGAGAGCAGUCGUAGGGAGGAGUUUCUCUCCCACCUUUCCUUGGCGGAAUACUCAGGAGCGUACAAUACCAUCACGAGAGACCAACCGAAUCCGGCCUGGGAUUUUAUGAUGAUCAUGGACGAAAUCAGAGAGUAUGGAGAAUUUGCGAACAAGAUAAUGCUGCAUGUCGCAUUGUGGUACGAUCCAGAUCUAAAGAAAUCAUCCUCGAGGCAAAACAUCAAGGAGCCGAUACAUCACCAUCUAAAGGAGCCUUUUACAGAAAUAUUGUCCGAAAAGCCCCAUGCAGAUGCGAGCGAUGACUGGGAGUCAAAAGCCCUUGGUUUGCAGCGGAUUGUCGUAGAUUUUUCGAAAGAAAACAGACCGAAGCGGAAAGGGCUAUUCAUGGCUAAUACAUUGAGGUUUAAUCAACCUCCUGAAGUAUAUCAUGAGCGCUUUGGCAAAGGGACGUUUUGGGACCGCCUUGCUCAGAAAAUUCACCGCGAAAUGCCUGAGAUUCCAUUUCGUCACCCAGACCUCCUGCCUUACAAUAGCACAAAUGGUAAUAUUUACCACUCCGAUCAGCGCCGGGCACCAUCAUCAACCCAUCCCAUGGAAGAUGUCUCGUCAAUAGUGGAUCUAACCACAGAAAAAGAAGGUCUGGUCGCUCCAGAGAUUGAGGAUUUGAUCAUACAAGAGUACUGCCCAGACACGUCAUCCAAAAAAAGGCUGUCAAAUCAUGGGCUCCGCACAAGCAACUCAACUGGGAAUAAGCAAACUCCUUCGGCAUCGACUCACACGAAUCACCUUGCGCCUGGAAAGGACGAUCCAUGGGCAUAUACAUCUCCCCCCCCUCUCCCACCAGGAUCAACAGGCCUUCGAAAACGCAAAUCGCCCAACGGGCUCACACCUAGUGGCAGUCGUCGACGUAAACUCGUCAGGCUCAAGCUUCAACAAACUGCUGUCGUCGGUGAAACGUCUACUGGGCCAAGCGCUAGCGCCAGUGAUGGACAGCAAAGUCCUAUUGACCCCACACCCCCGCCACAGCGACGGAAGAUGAACACGAACUUAGAGGAAGACAGAGAAUCCUUCCGUUUGCCGUCUCAGCCGCCUGCACUGACUGCCCCGCGGGCACCAAUGUUCAGUAUGCCUCCGGAAGAAAUACCCCCUAGAACCACAGAAAUAUCAGAAGUGGAGCCGCCCCUUAGUGAAGGCAUGCAGGCGCCGCCACCUGGUGUGGUUUCUUCUGCUGCAAACAGAGGAGAACCCCUCCAUUCGGCAUCUCAGUCAGCCCCCGCUAUGACCACAGAGAUAUCACAAGCCGGGCCUCUUAGCAGUGAGAUUAAACAGGCAAUGCGGAUUAUGCUCGACAAGUUCGCCGACGAACUUAACAUCGAGGGGCAGGUCGCCUCUAUCCAAGGUCAGAUCGCAGGGAUAUCACAAGCGGGGCCGCCACUUAGCAAUGAAGUUAAGCAGGAAGUGAGGACUAUGCUCGACGAGUUUGUCGACACGCUUAACAUAGAGGGGCAGAUCUCAGACAUGAUCGAGCAGGCUGUAGAGCAGCAAGUUAUCGCUGACAUAAGCGAGCGGGUCGACAAAAUGGAGGACCAGAUAAUUGCUAACAAGCUUAUCAUGGAGAAGCAGGCUGCUGCUAAUGAGCUUGAUAUAAAUGAUCGAGUCACUGUUAUAAAUGGGCAAGUCGUUGCUAUCAAAGAGCAGGCCGACUCUACGAAGGAGCAGGUCUCUGCUGUAAAGAAGCAGAUCGAGGUUGACAACGCAAAGGAGCAGGUCGCUACUAUAAAAAAGCAGGUCGACACUGAUAGGCUUAAUACGGAGAAACAGGCCACCGCUAUGAAUGAUCAACUCAACGUUAUGAAGAAGCAGGCUGACGCCGACAAGCUUGCAAUGAACGAGCAGGCAGCCACUAUGGAGGGUCAACUCAACGCUACGAUAGAACGGUUCAAAUCUGACACGCGUAACAUUAUUAAGCAGGUCGUUAACAAGCUUGACAUGAAGGAAGAAGUCGACGCAAUUAAAAAGCAAGUUGCUACUAUAGAGGGGCAGGUCAAUGCCGACAAGCUUAAUAUGAAAGAGCAAGUUGAAGCCAUGACAGCGCAGGCUCACACCAUGAAGGAGCAGGUCGACGCCAUAAAGGAUCAGAUUAACGCCGAUAACAUAAAGGGGCAGGUCGCUGCUUUUAAGGAUCAAAUCGACGCUAUGGAGGAGCAAGUCGAAUCUGACAACAUAAAGGGGAAGGUCGCCACUAUGAAAGAGCAAGUCGAGGCUGACAAGCUGAAUAUGAAUGAGCAGGUCGAUGCCAUGAAAAAACAAGUCGAAGCCGACAAGCUCAAAAUGGAGGGUUUGUUCAACGCCGAAAAGCUUUAUAUGGAAGAACAAGUUGCCGCUAUGAAAGGCCAAGUCGACGCUAUGAAAGUACAGUUCGCCGCCAUGAACGAACAGGUCGCUUCCAUCAAACCCACCAAGAUAUCACAACCAGAGGCACCCUCUAAAACCUCGCUAGAGGCAAUAGAUAUUGUGAACGAGUUCUUCGACGAGCUUAGCAUGGAUGACCGAAUCGCCGUUGUCGAUGCGGUCCUCAUCGAGCAUAACGCGUUGGUGUUCUUGAGGGUAUCGGCCGGCACAAGGAAAGCGUGGCUGUAUAGGAGAAUUGGGAUCAAUAGGGAUGAAAGAGAUGGAACAAAGUAGUUUGGAGGGAUUGGUAUGUAUGGAGUGCGAGGAUUUCGACGGGAAGGGUGAACAAAGCUAUGGGCAUAUUUGGACAGUUAUUUUUGCUGUUCGCGGAAGCAAGGGGAUGCUUAAUGUGGAGGAGUGCGUUUUUACUUUAUACCCAGGGAGAGCAUUUAUACGAUUGAUCUUUUUACAUAGCUAUCUCUUUGCCACUAUUAGCGGGGGAUCACAAUGGUGCGAGCUGGAAUUUCUGUUUGCUUUUUUACUGUUAGUCGCUGUAAGGUUUAAUGUUAGAUAUUGGUCUGCCUUGCCAACGAAGCUACAUAUAAAUAACACUAUCGAAUUCGUUAGCCACGAG